UAGACGCUAUGCCUGCAUGUGAUGUUUGGCGACCGAGAGGCGCCGAGGGCUGUAACCCCGUGUCAACGGCGCAGAUGCAGCUUCUCUUUAUACAAGCUUUUGAUGAUCGUCCAUGUCCACGUUCCUGGCUAAGAUGAGGCCCAUACAAAUCGUGGCUAAAGGUCCGUAGCAACGGGCAGGCCCAUCUUCACAAGUGAAUUCGUGUGAAUAUUAUACUCCCAAACUAACCAGAAGGAGACAAACACAGAAAAAGGGCAAUUAAGUACGGUUGGCAGAAUCAACUAACCGCCCGAGUUGAUUUCCUCCUCCUUUAUAAACGUAACGGGGGUUCGGCUUAUCGCCGUGCAGUUUGUACUCGCCGCUCGAAUCUCUUACUUAACGGCCAUUCAAGAAAAAGAGACCUCUCACGGUCAUCCUUUUUCUUCUCAGUUCGUCGUCGUCUUUGAUUUCUUUGGGCUUGCCUCGAAGGUUUCAAGAAAUGAUGAUCACCAGCCGUGGCUCAUUUGUUCUCCUCCUCUUCUUUCUCUUAUUCCUCAACGUGCUUGUUAUGACGGCAAUUACUUGCUUUCCGGACGACAGCGCGCCAGCAAACCCUCCCCCUCUUGAGGAUCCUAACUACGCCUCCAACCAGCUGAGGAACGUGAUUCAGGCGGUGGUCGGUGCUGGCGACUUCGGUGGGUGGUCGAACGUCCUUUACGGCCUAGACCCCAUGAGCCUGCCAUCCAAAGCGACCUUGUUCUUGCCGAGCAAUGAAGGUUUGAUGCGCCUCCCCAGCGACAUUGAUUUCUCCUCGGCACUGGUGAAGUACCACAUAGUUCCUCAGCAGCUCUCCUUCUACGAUCUUUUGAGGUACGAGGCAGGAGCGAGGCUGCCGACCAUGUUGCCAAACCGCACCAUUCUUGUUACCAACAACACGAGAUUCAACUUCACUCUUGAUGAUUGCACUCUUAUCUACCCGGGCAUCUACUACGACCGUGCGAUGGCUGCUCAUGGUAUUUCUUGUCUUCUCGACUACUCCCUUUAUGGCGUCCAACGGGAGACCAAGCUCGGAUCAGACGGUGGAUUCACGUCGCCCUACGUGCCCAUGACAUCCGGCCAAGAAUGGCUGAAGCAGUACCGUGACUCACGGAGUUUUUGGUCGUGGCUUCGACGAUCUUUGCGUUCUUGGCCGGAGCACUUGCUUGGAGUUGGCGUUCCUGAGUUCCUGUUGUCUUUCUUGUUGGUCUUGGUCAUGUGAAGGCGCAGCGGGGUCAAGGCAAACCGCCGUAAUUGUUGGCACCGACUUCGUUUCUAGUGAUUCUUUCUCUUUGCUCU